GAAAUCAUAGCCUUGAAGUGGAAAUAAAAUAGGAGUGCUCUUCCAGUACAGUUAUAUACACAGUGAGAUUACAUGGAAUUGCAGAGAAAUUGUGAGAUUCCGAGGCCCAAAAUCUAGGGUUUUUUCGGGAUUGGCUUUUCUCUCAGCAAGUAAGUCUGCCAAGAGGCGUGCACGUUUUGGCCUUGAAGAUCACAUAUUAACUGAAUUCUCAAGAAAGUGGUGGUCAAUUUGUUGAACUAAGAUUUGGUCUCCAUCUAAGGAAAUUUGAGGCAUGCAGCCAAAAUCUGAAGCUGAAAAUCGACUACAUGCUCAUACUGUCCCACCAAGCAGUGUUUAUUCGGAACCAUGGUGGCAGAGUGUUGGAUAUAAUCCCAUCUCCCCAACUGGAACCGGGAGGAAUGUAUCCAACACAUCUUCGUUAGAAUGCCCAAAUGGUCUGUCAGAGUCUAAUGAUGAUCAAUCUUUGUCCAAUGAUGAGGCAAAUGAAGAUGAUGAUGAUACUGCCAAAGAUUCACAUACUACAUCUCCAAGAUCAGAUAGCACUUCCUAUUAUAUCUGGGAAUUUGCUGGAAAUUAUGGGCAAGACCACCACAAUGUAAAGCAUGCUGGAUCCAGUGUACCUACAGUGCGUGAUGAUUGCCUUGCGCAACCACCACAGCUUGAACUUGUUGGUCACUCUAUUGCGUGUGCUUCAAAUCCUUAUCAGGAUCCUUGUUAUGGUGGAAUGAUGGCAGCUUAUGGAUAUCCACCUUUGGGUUAUCCUCCUUUUCUUGGAAUGCCGCAUGCUAGAAUGCCAUUGCCUCUUGAGAUGGCACAGGAGCCUGUGUAUGUAAAUGCAAAACAAUACCAAGGUAUUCUCAGGCGAAGACAGGCACGUGCAAAAGCAGAACUUGAAAGGAAGCUAAUAAAAGUCAGGAAGCCGUAUCUUCAUGAAUCACGACAUCAACAUGCUAUGAGAAGGGCGAGAGGUACUGGAGGACGUUUUGCAAAGAAAGCUAAUGGUGAUACUUCAAACAGCACUGGACAAGAAAAGGGUACAAGUUCUGGUCCAGCCCACUCAUCACAAUCUGGCAGUUCAUCGGGUUCAGAACCCUUUCCGUCAGAUUCUGCCGAAACAUGGAAUUCCCCCAAUAGUCAACGGGAAGCAAGAGGUUCCCAAGCGCACAAUGCGUAUGCGGCUCACAAUUAUGCAAAUGGUAGUGGCUGCUGCCAGCCCCAUGGUGGCUUGCAGGCUUCAAUAUAUCCUUCAUACUCGGGCAAGAGAGGGGAAGAAGGAGAUUGUACAGGCCAGCAACGGGGAAGCAUAUCUUCGAACCAGGCCUCACAGAGGCGUCUUGCCAUCCAGUGAACCGCUGGAGGCAGAUGCUGUGGACUCUACCAGAAACGGGGCGAGUCCCCCUUGGAUCUCUUUGGCAAUGUGUUUGCCAGGCGGCAAUUCAUUCUUGGCUGUGUUCUUGCGCUCGAGGCAUAAACGUAGGGAAGGAGAGAUAUUGAAGGAUCAUUUGGCGUUGGUGAAGUCCUUAUGACUCUUUCAUUACGUCCUUUCCUACUUCUGCCUAAUGUACAGAGUAGUUUCAGUAAUUCUAAGUACAUACGAAAGACGGAAAGACGGAAAGAUGGAAAUUUAAACGAGUCGUACUCUUGUUUAAUGCAUCAACCAUCUUGUGUAUUGUGUUUGUCACCUUCAUUUUGAGAUGUGCGGUUGGAAAGAGAUUGGAAUUUCAGUUGUUUUUCGGUUGUCGUCGAUAACUGCUUGU